AUACAUUCGCCGGAAAAGAUAGGUGAGCAUAUAGUAAAGGAACACUUUCACUGCCAAAGUGUAAGCGUUGAGUCUUAGAGGAGGACAAGAGGAAAUCCAUAGGAAGGGGUGGAGAGAUGGUAGAAGGAGUAGGAACUACGGUAUAGUACCGUAUCGUUCUCUUGACUGUCAUUACAGGUAUCUUCGUGGUCACUUAUAGUAAUCAUCUCCAACCGGCUUAAACCUUGCUCGAAAUAUUUUCGUGAGUCAGUCUCGUUGAAAGUUUUUCAAGAAAGAAGAGAAUUUUACCACUGAAGAUCUGGAUUUAUUAGGCUUAUCUCUUAACCAUUUAUCAUCGAAUAAGAUAAUUGACAGAUGAGUUUAUUAUACCGUGAGUUCGACAAUCGAAGAGAAAAAUAAUAAUAAUGACACGUUGUCAUGACAAUUCCAACAAAUGUAUUCUAGCGAUAGAGGAACAUUAACGAAUGUUUUAACGAAAGAUCGAGAAUUUCCAUGGAAGUACGGCUAGCGAUAGCCAGCUCAGAAUGAAAAGGGCCGAUGUCGACCACCCAUUUCUAGUGCGCAGAGUUGAAAACACUUAUUGCAGCCGACCGCCGGAUAUCGAUUUAUGACGAAGUCUGUAUAAAAGUCAUUUCGAAAGAAGCAGAAAAGUAGGUCGGCUCUCGCUUGCAUCGAAAAAUAAAAAGAAGAAAGGGAGAAAAAGAGAGAUAAAGUAAAAACCAGCAGCCGGUUUAUUCAAAAUAAUCAUUAUCAAAAAGUGGCGAAAAGGAUGGUGUUCAGCGCGAUAGUCAUAACGACGGCUUUAAAAGGUGCUUUGGGCUUAGUAGGAACUGGUCUUUGGUUGGUGCCACUUCUUAUAGCUGCUCUGUCUUACUAUCAAUAUGAUCAGCUGGAUCCAGAAAGUCGACCUAUCGAUAGAUACCCUCUAAAUCCUGAAUACGAUUUUAUUGUAAUCGGUGGAGGAUCGGCAGGUGCUGUCGUAGCCAACAGACUCUCUGAAAUUUCAAAUUGGAACGUUUUAUUACUGGAAGCUGGACCGGACGAGAACGAAAUAACAGAUGUCCCCUCGUUAGCUGCCUAUCUACAGUUAACUAAGUUAGAUUGGAAGUACAAGAUCGAAGCUACGGGAAGAGCUUGCCUCGCGAUGAAAAGUGGCCGUUGUAAUUGGCCACGAGGGAAGGUUCUCGGAGGAUCGAGCGUUUUAAAUUACAUGCUUUAUGUCAGAGGUAAUAGACGCGACUACGAUUAUUGGGAAGCCUUGGGUAAUCCUGGCUGGGGUUACAAAGAAGCGCUUUAUUAUUUCAAAAAGUCCGAAGACAAUAGGAAUCCUUAUCUUCGAAACAAUCCUUAUCAUUCAACGGGUGGUUACUUGACCGUUCAAGAAUCACCAUGGAUCACACCUCUCGCUGUGGCAUUCUUGCAAUCUGGUGUCGAACUAGGUUACGAUUUGAGAGAUAUAAACGGGGAAUUUCAAACCGGUUUUAUGAUACCACAAGGAACUAUUCGAAGAGGCAGCAGGUGUUCCACGGCAAAAGCUUUUCUUCGUCCUAUAAGGUUACGCAGGAACUUUCACACGGCUAUGAAUUCGCACGUGACGAAAAUCGUUAUCAAUCCUUUCACUAUGAGAGCGAUCGGCGUGGAAUUCGUGAGAAAUGGUCAUAAGCAAUACGUUCGAGCUCGCAAGGAAGUAAUUCUAUCAGCAGGUGCUAUAAAUAGCCCUCAAAUUCUUAUGCUCUCCGGUAUUGGACCAAAGGAACAUCUUCGCCAAGUUGGUAUACCUCUUCUUAAAGAUCUCCGAGUCGGUGAAAACCUUCAAGAUCACGUAGGAAUGGGCGGUCUUACUUUCCUUGUCGAUAAACCGGUAGCCAUAGUUCAAAAACGUUUCUAUGGCGCACCAGUGACUAUGCAUUACGCAGCCAAUGGAAAAGGACCUAUGACGACUCUCGGUGGUAUCGAGGGAUACGCUUUUAUCAACACAAAAUUUGCCAAUAGGUCUAUCGAUUAUCCUGACAUUCAAAUCCACAUGGCGCCGGCGUCUCUUAACUCGGACGGUGGCAUACAAAUCAAAAAGGUAUUGGGAAUAAAAGACGAAGUUUACGACACUGUUUACGAUCCGAUUGCAAACAAGGAUGCCUUCACUUUCAUACCCCUUCUCCUCAGACCCAGAUCACGUGGUACGGUUAGACUAAGAAGCUCUAAUCCCUUUCACAGUCCAAUAAUUGACGCUAACUAUUUUGACGAUCCGUUAGACAUAGCCACUCUCGUCGAAGGUGCGAAAAUAGCUGUUAAACUCGCCGAAGCGAAAGUUUUCAAACAGUUUGGUACUAGGUUACAUCGAUUGAAGAUACCUGGUUGUCGACAUCUUCAGUUCGCCUCGGAUGCCUACUGGGAGUGUCACAUUCGUCACAUUUCCAUGACUAUUUAUCAUCCGGUCGGUACAACGAAAAUGGGUCCUCAAAAUGAUCCUACAGCAGUUGUGGAUUCUAGAUUAAGGGUUUAUGGUAUCCAAAAUAUUAGAGUCAUCGAUACCUCUAUAAUGCCGACAAUUUGUAGUGGCAAUACCAAUGCACCAGCUAUCAUGAUCGGCGAAAAAGGUGCAGACCUCAUCAAGAGCGAUUGGUUAUCUUAUCCAACCAAAAAAUGUAUGUUCUUUCAUAUAAUCGAUUCGAAACUUUUCGACAUAAUGUUACGAAUAAUCGUUAUAUUAUCAUUGCUAUUAUUUUCUUUGAUAUUCGAGAUAAGAAGUGCGACAUUGUUCGAUCUUUUAAGAGAAUAUAAUUACCAGGAUAAAGAAAUCAGAACGAUAUAUUACCCUAAAUGGGAGAAUUAUGAUUUUAUUAUAGUCGGAGCAGGCUCGGGAGGUUCGGUUCUCGCUAAUCGUUUAUCAGAAAAUAAAAAUUGGAAGAUCUUAUUAUUGGAAGCAGGUUAUCCGGAAAACUUGAUACAGCAGAUUCCUGUAUUGGUUAAUAUACUCCAACUAACGGAUUAUAAUUGGGGUUACAAAGUGGAACCUCAAGAAAAUACCUGUUUUGGAAUGAUCGAUCGACAGUGUGCCUGGCCGCGUGGAAAAUCGCUCGGUGGAACCAGCACAAUUAAUUAUAUGAUUCUUACACGUGGCGACAAGUUAGAUUACGAUUACUGGGCGGCCUUGGGCAACGAGGGCUGGUCUUACGAAGAGGUUUUACCAUAUUACAUAAAGAGCGAAAGAUUCAAAAUCCCUAAUAUUGUCAAUUCGUCAUAUCACGGAAAGGAUGGAUAUUUAUGCGUUGAACACGUUCCUUUUCAUACCAAGUUAUCCACGGCAUUUCUUGAGGCUGGCAAAAGUCUCGGUUACGAUGUUAUCGACUACAAUGGCGAAAAACGAAUAGGUUAUUCAUAUUUACAACUCAACAUGGACAAUGGGGCACGUUGCAGCGCUUCGAAAGCUUAUCUCAGAGUGAAACGACAUAACUUGGACAUCGUAACUGGCGCGAGAGUGACAAAAGUUCUUAUUGAUGGGGAUCGUCGAGCUUACGGCGUCGAAUAUAUCAAAAAUAACAAGAAAAAACUCGUAUUCAGUACGAAAGAAGUGCUUCUAUCCGCGGGUACGAUCGAUUCUGCCAAACUACUUAUGCUCUCGGGUAUAGGACCGAAGGAACACCUCCAAGAGCUGGAAAUCGAAGUGAUUCAAGAUUCCAAAGUCGGAUAUAACAUGUACGAACAUAUUGGUUUCCUCGGUCUAACCUUUCUAAUAGAUCAACCUUUGUCUCUAUUACAAAGUAAAUUGUUCAAUCCGCACGUGUUAUGGGACUAUGUGUUUAAAAGAAGCGGUUACAUCUCUAUACCUGGUGGUGCCGAAGCUUUGGCAUUCAUAAGAACGAAAUAUGCUCCGUCUGCAAAGCCGGACAUCGAACUACUUUUCAUAGCAGGCUCGUUACACUCGGACAACGGUAUAGGCAUUAGAAAGGGUCUACGAAUUACGGACGAGCUUUAUAACGCGGUUUAUAAACCGAUCGAAAAUAGAGAAACCUGGUCAAUCUGGCCGAUAAUUCAAAGUCCAAAAAGUGUCGGUCGGCUUACUCUGACAUCGAAAGAUCCCUUCGUACCACCGAAGUUAGAGCCUAAUUUCUUUUCUCAUCCUGCCGAUAUCGAAAUCCUACUUGAAGGUAUAAAACAUGCAAUCAACGUAUCUAAAACGGAACCUUUCCUUGCGUACAAUAGUCGAUUACACGACAUUAAAAUACCCGGCUGCGAACUUUACGAGUUUAAUAGCGACGAUUAUUGGCGAUGUGCGAUCAAAUAUUUACCAUCUAUGAUGAAUCACGAAAUAGGAACCGUCAAAAUGGGACCCAAAACGGAUCCCUAUGCUGUCGUUGAUCCUCGUUUAAGAGUUUAUGGUAUAAAAAAUCUCAGAGUAGUAGAUGCAUCUAUUAUGCCUAGUAUACCGAUCGGCCACGUAAAUGUAGGUAUCUUCAUGAUCGGUGAAAAAGCUGCUGAUAUGAUCAAACAAGAUUGGUCGAUAGACGCAACAGGAAAUAAGUAGUUCAUUCGUUCGACUAACACACAUUGUAAACUCGAAACAAAUACUACGUCGAUGAUUACAUUGGUCAAGCGCGUUCAUAGUAUAAUUGUUUCUCGUUUAUGACCUACCGUGUCCUUGAGCUCACGCGAGGACGAUCGAAUACGUAACACACGAAUGCACGAUUAAUAAAUAAAUGCAGAAUUUUACUUGUUACAUACAUACAUAUACAUAUCGUGAGCAAUCUAAUAAAAUGUGAAAUAUCCGACGUCAUCGACAAUCCCCAACGCGAUAAUUCGCAUAAUGGAUUCGUCGAAUGUUUUAUUCGCAAUAACAAGAGGCUCGAAGCAAAUAAGGAAAUAAUUUCUUUCUAACGUAUAGACUAACUCGUCAUAUAUACUAACAUAUACUAUAUUAUAUACCAACUAU